UUGAUGCCAGUUCCUGGAGAAUUUAGGCCAAUUCUGGAGGAUUGGCAACUCUACUUUACUGCUACAUUUUCAAGCCUGUUUCAGAAGACUGAAGAUGUCACCCGAUGCUUGUGUCUCCCUGAUUUCCCUGAGCCGGCGGAUCUAUUCUGGGAGUAUUUGGACCUGACAACCUUCGUUCUGCUCUAUGUCCUGCCCCUUCUCAUCAUCUCUGUCACCUACAUGUCUGUUGCCAAGAAACUCUGGUUCCGCAAUGCCAUCGGGGACAUGACAGUGGAGCAGCACUUUGCCCUUCAGAGGAAGAAGAGAAUGACCAUUAUGAUGCUGAUGUUGGUGGUGGUCAUCUUUGCAGUGUGCUGGUUCCCUCUGAACUGCUACGUCAUUCUUCUCUCCAGCCAAGUCAUCCACACCAACAAUGGCUUGUACUUUGCUUUUCACUGGCUUGCCAUGAGCAGCACUUGUUACAACCCUUUUAUUUACUGCUGGCUCAAUGAGAACUUCAGGGCAGAGCUGAAGGCAUUUUUCAACAUCUGCCGGAGAAGCCCUGGCCCAAGAGAGCAAGGACUUUCUUCUUGCAGUGCUCCAUCCUUCAGAGCAGCCUGGCCUGCAAGGGAUGACUGCCAGAAAUUGCAGAUCUCCCAUGGCCUCUUUUCAACCUUCAACUGCCAGUCAGGAAAGACUGAUAUCAUGUCUGUUGAACCUAUAGUUGCUGUAAGCUGAACAAUGUGGACAAAUGGGCAAUUGUGUAGUCCAUAGGGCUGUGUGUGCAACUUGGGAUGACUUGAAACAGGAGGAAGCGUUUUCUCUCCCUGGGCUGAUGGACUUGCGACUGUGGAGGAAGUUUUACCUUUAGUGCAGCUUGGCUUGCUUGCUUGCUUGACCUUUUUGGAGCUCUGUAGGGCACCACAUUUGCUACUGCCUCUGUGUUUCUUGUACUCACUGGUGACCUGCUGACCUCUUCCAACUCUAUGAUUCGCGGGCUGUAUAGCAGCAACUCCAGCGAGGCAGCUUCCUAUGUUCUUAGUUUGAUUAAGAACUAGGGAUAUGCAUGGAACAGAUUUUGUUUUCUGUUCCGAACUUGGAACAGAACACAAAAUCCCUGGAAUGUUCCACUGGAACAACUGGUUGAGCCAGUUGUUCUGAUGGAAUGACCCCGUGCCAACUUGGAUCAUUCCAAGUGUCAUUUUGGACUCCAAAAUGGUACAUGCGGCAGCCAUUUGUGUGGUGGUGCUGACCAUGCAAAUGGUUGCCACACGUGCAGUGGCCAGAAUUUUGGUGUCCAAAAACAGUGCUCUAAAUGUUUCAAGUGUUCCGAAUCAGAAUGGGCUAGUUUCGUUCUGAGCUUGGAACAGGCCCUUCAUUUGAAGAGAGGUCUGUGCCAAGUUUGGAACACUCAAAGGAGCCGGUUCGCAUUCAGAAUGUUCUGACUGCGAGCUGUUCUACACAUCCCUAUUAAGAAAUUAAUUAAAACUAAUUUAAAACUAUUUAAUGGGUUUACUCUGUGAAAUUAAUUGUUUUAUUCUGUGAAUUGUUUUUAUAUUGUAAUGUGUUAUGUACACUGUGUGUGUAUAUAUGUGUAUGCAUAUGUAUACAUGUGUGUGUGUGUAUAAAAACAUUUAUAUACCGCCCUAUCCAAACGGCUCUGGGCAAUGCACAACAACAAAACCCACAAAUCAAUCUCCUUAAAAUCAAUCAUUACAACACGAUAUAAAACAGCAUAAAACCCUGGAAGGCCAACAAUGAACUCAUAACUAUGGAUUUCUGCCAGGAGUGCAUUCCACAGCCCAGGAGUAGCUACAGAGAAGGCUUGCCUCAUUCAUAUUCAUGUGUGUUUGUGUGUGUACGUGUACACACACACACACACACACACGAUAG